UACUAUAUCAGAUUUUCGAAACUUGAACAGCCAAGAUGCUGGCUAAAGACAAAGGGAACGUGAACUAAAUUGUGGAUAAGGAAAAUUACUAAUAUCAACUAAGGAUUCAUGGCUACCUGUGGAAAUGAACACUACAACUUCCAGUCAUAUUUUCUUCCUUCCCGUGUUGUGUUUUCGUCUAUGUAUUUUUGCCAGCUAGCUUUCUUCUUUUCUCUGCCUUCGUUCCUCUCUUUUACGUACACGUAGCAUAUGUAGUUACUGGUUGGCUUUCAAGUUUGAUUCAGAAGUAAUAGAAUGUCACGCUGGGAACAUGAUUGGAGUAGCAGAGAUCCCGUUAUGGGCCUGGAUACAGUAACUGAUGGGCUUGAGUUGUUUCCACACUGUGAGCAGUAUAGUUGCAUUAUGUUUAGGCCAGAUGGUUUCUCUUCUACUGAAGCAUGAAUUGGUAAGAGGGAUAUGUGUUAAUGUUGUGUGCAACUGGAGGGGUGAAUUCUAGAGGGCAUUUAUCAUGCUUUUUGGCUUCCCAGCUUCUGUGACAUUUCUCAAGCUUAGGUAAUUUCUCACUUCAUAAUUCUGGUUGAGAAAAAGCCAGCUUCUUCCUACGUAACAGGACACCCUGAAUAACUCAUUUCCCAGCUGCUCUUGCGGCUAAGAUGUGGGCAUAUGACUACCCAUCAGGUAUCCUGACUCUGCCUCUGACAGGAAGAAGGGGAGACCAGGAGGACCUCUUCCAGCAGUGGCAGUCGUUGCCGGAAGUGGAUUCCCAAGUGCUGCUGGUGGCAUCCCAUGUCCAGUGAUAGCGGUGUCAGAGCCGUGAACUGUAACAUUCCGGCUUGGCGUCAGCAGAAACACCUGUGCUAAUCAAACCAGUUCUGUGGUGUGAUUUGGGCCAUUAUAGUUGGUGUGUGACCUUCUGGGCCUGGUUCUCCACCUGCUCAGUGUUUUUGAAGGAUAUCCAUUCAAGAAAUCCUUUUCUGAUUACCUCAGUGAGACUUGAUUUUUGUCAUUCGCAACUAAGAACUGUGAGUGAGGCUACGAUGUAGCCAAUCAUCAGAAAAGGUCUUGAACUCUGAGCUGGAUAGCCAUGUCUCCAGCUCAUCUCUACUUUUCUCUGUGUUUGCAUUCUUUGCCCUUCUCUAUAGACUUUGCUUCUGCAUCUGUGAGGCAGCCAGGAAAGAGUUGCAAGCUUCUAGAUUUACAUAUUUAGGCCAAGUCCUCCCUCCCCUAGCUACUUCUGGAAGAAAGAAAGAGGGGGGGGGGGGAGGAAAGAAGAAGGAAAGGGGGCAGAGAGAAAAAGUAAAGGAAGGGAAGAAAGGAGGAAGGGAUGGAGGGAGGGACAGAGGGAAGGAAGGAGAGAAAAGAGAAAAGGAAAAAGAAGGAAACACUGAGAAUUACCCACAGGUCCUCGGCCUCAGUUCCAGGUUCCCUAAGCCAGUCACGAAUCAUCACUGGACAGGACGUGUUGGAGUGUAAACCGGGCUGCCGGAUUCCACACCCCUGUGAUGCUCGGAUUAGGGGACCGUUUUCAGAAAAGGGAGAUCCGUUGUGAGCUGGGAAGACACUGUGAAAACAUCUACUCCAGGAGCCUGGGGUUUCUCAGUCAUGGUGUGCUCUGCCAUCUCUGAUUGAUCUGUUACCCACCCCACCCCACCCCCAGUUACAAACAGGUUAUCCUUUACACCAAAUGCUUUAAAGGACUUAGUACAACUCCGUAAUGCCACCCUGAACCCCUUCCCAGCAUCCCCAUCUGUAAGUGACGAGACAUGAAAGAAAAAAAGGGGUUCACUCAGGUAACACUGCAAUAACCCUAGUUUCUGACCUAAGAAAAUAAGAAAAAUCUUUUAAUAAAUAAGAUUUUCACAUCCACAGGCAUAAGCCCAGAUCAGCAAGGUGAUGCAAUUUGAGGUCUCAGGGAAUUUUCUCUGAGACUUAUCUCUGCCCAGAUUGUUUUGUCUCCCAAGUUCUGACCCAGGGGUUAAAUCCGUAUACUUUGUCAUCACUGUUGGGUCCACAGGGACCAGGAAAUAGGUGGGACAAUUAAUUUCUGCUUGUCUCUAACGAGGCUCUCAGGGAAUCUGGUCCCAAUGGCCAUGGAAGCCACUGUAAAUACCUGUUUCUAGAUCCUCCCCAACAUCCUUCUCUACACAGAGGGCUCAGACCGUGAACCUCCGCUUCUCACUUGCUCGGGAUCUACCAAUAUUUCCACUACUUUCCAAUCCUUAUAUUAAAGAGGAGCAUUGGUUGGUUCCUCAAAGGUAAAGAACCCUUGAUAACAACAGUACAAACUUCUUCCAGGUAGGAUUAUAACAGAUUAUAUAUACAUAUACAUAUAUACAUAUAUACGUGUGUAUGUGUGUGUGUAUUUUUUCCACUAAUGUGAAGAGCUUUCUUUAUCAAACCUUCCAGAUCCAAUGGGGUGCCUGGGUGACUUAGUAGGUUAAGCAUCUGAUUCUUGGUUUCGGCUCAGGUCAUGAUCUCAUGUUUUGUGAGUUCUAGCCCUGCAUCGGGCCCUGCACUGACAAUGCAGAGCCUACUUGUGAUUCUCUCACUCCCUCUCUCUCUCUCUGCUCCUCUCCCACUUGCUCUCUCUGUCUCUCUUGAAAUAAAUAAACUUAAAAAAAAAACAAACAAACCCCAGAUCCAAGGAGUAAUAGAAAGAGUCCUGAAUCCAUCAGCUGGAGCUUGAGAUAAACCCAGUAAUGAUCAACUGUUUCACUUAUCUUUGUGAGCUGCUAAGAAGUGGGAGAAAGCCUGGCAAUGUUAGAAGAAACAUUACAUAAUGGCAGAGAAGGGCUCUGUUUGUGCCUGUUUGUUGUUUUUAUAUUUGAUACAAUUUUAAAGAUUAGUGCAAUGGGACCAGCAUCAUCUAGUACUGGGAGUUGGAAGCUCAGGGUGUAGAGACCAGGGGUGGAUCCCGACUGAGCAAUUCUAAUGCAGGUUUCAUUAACGUGACCAUGUGGCUGGAUGGAGCUUAGAUUGAUGUGUCCAAACCCAGAACUUCUAGGUUUCUGAGCUCUGCCUCUCUUCUCUGCAUCUGAGUCCAACCCCAUGAGAGGAGCAAACCAGUCGAGUGUCUCCGAGUUCCUCCUCCUCGGGCUUUCCAGGCAGCCCCAGCAGCAGCAGGCCCUCUUUGCGCUCUUCCUGAGCAUGUACCUGGCCACAGUCCUGGGAAACCUGCUCAUCCUCCUGGCCAUCUGCGUGGACCCCCGCCUGCACAUCCCCAUGUACUUCCUCCUCAGCCACCUGUCCUUUGUGGACAUCUGCUUCUCCACGACCACCGUCCCCAAGAUGCUGGCCAACCACAUCCUUGGGACUCAGACCAUCUCUUUCUCUGGGUGUCUCACACAGAUGUAUUUUGUGUUCAUGUUCAUGGACAUGGACAAUUUCCUCCUGGCUGUGAUGGCCUAUGACCGCUUUGUUGCCAUAUGUCACCCCUUACACUACUCGACAAAGAUGACCCAGCAGCUCUGUGCCCUGCUGGUUGCUGGGUCAUGGGUCAUUGCCAACCUGGAUGUCCUACUGCAUACCCUGCUGAUGGCUCGACUCUCGUUCUGUGCAGACAAUGCCAUCCCCCACUUCUUCUGUGAUGUGACUCCCCUCCUGAAACUGUCCUGCUCUGAC